UCUUCCUCCCUCCAGGCUUAUAUUAUAUAUUAUGCUCAAGAAAAAUAUUUCAACCAUGUAAGGCAAUUUGCAAAUUUAGAACUGGACAAAUACAUCAAUGAUCCAGUGUUUCAGUUUUUCAAGGCAUAUGGAACCUUACAUUUAGGUCAAAUACAAGAUGCUAUCUUACAGCUAGAGAAUGCCAGGAAAUGCCACUCUGAUGUUUCAUUAUGCUGCCUUUUAGCACUCAUUUAUGCACACAAAAUAUGUGAAAAUGUUGAUCGUGAUGCUGUUUUGGAGCUGGAAAACAAAUUAAAGGAAACCCGGAAGACUGCAGGAAUUAAUGCAUUAUAUUAUGCAGGAAUGUUUCUGUGGCUGAUGGGUAAAAAUGAUAAAGCAAAUGAAUACAUUGACAGAAUGCUGAAAAUAUCUAAUGGGUCUAGAGAGGGUCUUAUGCUUAAAGGAUGGGUGUACUGUACAUCUGACAAACAGCAUGCUAUUAAGAAGUCUAUCAAAUACUUAGACGAAGGGAUCCAAGACACCACCGAUAUAUUUGGGAUGAUGGGAAAGGCAAGAUAUUUCAUGAUGCAACAGAACUAUUCAGGUGCUCUGGAAGUAGUUAACCAAAUAAUAGUCAAUUUUUCUGGUUUCAUACCAGCAUUUAUCCUCAAGAUGAGGCUAUUUUUAGCUCAGCAAGACUGGGAGCAAACUUUAGAAACUGCACUAAGAAUCCUGAGCAAAGAUGAGACCAAUAUAGAUGGACUUCAAGCUAGUAUUGUAAAUGAGCUUUCAAGAACUGGAAACUUGAAUGCAGCAUCAUUUCAACUUAGAGAUUUUAUUCAUUCUUUGGAGACUAAAGAACCUCAUAAUUCAGACUUACAUCAUCGAAAAAUCCUUGUGGUCAGUAGAUUGUGUGGGAAGAAUCAACAAAUCUUGCAGCUAAUAUAUGGAUUUAUUGAACGCUCUUAUACAAAAUUAAAGUCUUCAGAUGCAUGUUUUGCUAAUGAGCUGGGAUAUCAACUAAUUCUUCAGGGGAAGUGGAAAGAUGCUUCUGUGUGGUAUAGAAGAGCAGUGGAGCUGGAUGAAAGCAGUGUAGAUGCUCUAACAGGUAUUAUUUGGUGCCAGGUGCUAGAAGGGAAGCUGGAUGAAGCAGAGCAUCAGCUGGAAUUCUUAAAGGAAGUUCAGCAGUCCACUGGAAAAUCUGCGGUUCUAGUUUAUCUUCAGGCAGUUAUUGCUUCAAAGAAAAACAAGAAUGAACCAGUUGCAACUGCCCUUCUGAAUGAAGCUGCAGAACUUCAUUUUUCUGCUUUGCACGGCCUUCCUCUGAGCAUGGAAUACUAUGAAAAACUAAACCCCAUGUUCCUGAUUGAAAUCGUGAAGGAAUAUUUAGUCUUCUGUCCCAAACAGCCUAGGUCACCUGGUCAAAUUGUAUCUCCUUUUCUUAAACAAGCAGCUAUAAUUUUGAAUCCAGUGGUUAAAGCUGCUCCUGGUAUGCUGGAGCCUCUUUAUCUAAUGGCACAAGUCAAAUAUUUAUCAGGUGAGUUGGAAAAUGCACAGGGUACUCUGCAACGUUGUCUAGAUUUGGACCCUACAUCAGCAGAUGUCCAUCUUCUCAUGGCCCAGAUCUAUCUGUCUCAAGGAAAUUUCAGAGAGUGUUCUCAUUCAUUGGAGUUGGGGGUCAGUCAUAAUUUUCAGGUUCGUGAUUAUCCACUGUAUCACUUCAUCAAGGCCAGAGCACUGAAUAAAGUAGGAGAUUAUCCAGAAGCCAUAAAAAUUUUAAAAAUGAUUAUCAGUUUACCUUAUAUGAAGAAAGGUGAAAGUAAAAAAAUCCUUGGUACCAGUAUAACAACCAGUGAACGGGUGUCCAUAUAUCUGGAACUUGCAGAAGCUCUUCGGCUCAAUGGGGAACUGCAUGAAGCAACUAAAAUUAUGCAGGAUGCCAUUAAUGAAUUUAGUGGAACUCCAGAGGAAAUCCGCAUCACUGUUGCUAAUGUAGAUUUGGCUCUCAGUAAAGGGGAAGUGGAAAUAGCGCUAAGCAUGCUGAGAAAUAUCACCCCAAGUCAGCCAUAUUAUACUGAGGUUAAAGAAAAGAUGGCUCAGAUAUACCUUCAGAUACGGAAGGAUAAGAGACUAUACAUUGGAUGUUAUUGCGAACUGUGUGAACAAUUGCCAAGUCCUCAUACUAGCCUUCUCUUGGGAGAUGCCUACAUGAAUAUUCAAGAGCCAGAGAAAGCUGUGGAAGUAUAUGAAGCAGCUCAAAGAAAGAAUCCUUUAGAUGCAACACUGGCCAGAAAAAUUGGACAAGCAUAUGUGAAAACUCAUCAAUAUAGCAAGGCUAUUAAUUAUUAUGAAGUAGCUCUAAAGAUGAGUAAGCAGGACUUCUUGUGCCAUGAUCUUGCUGAACUCCUCCUCAAACUCAAGAAGUUUAACAAGGCAGAAAGAGUUCUGAAUCAAGCUAUGGAGCAUGACUCUGUUAAUGACUUGCCUUCCAUGAUGAAGGAUGUCAAGAGCCUGCUUUUACUAGCAAAGGUUUACAAAAACAAUAAAAAAGAAGAAGUGAUGGGAACUUUGAACAAGGCCUGUGACAUACAGUUGAGAAUACUGAAGCGUAUCCCUCUGGAACAACCUGAAUUGAUCCCUUCUCAGAAGCAGUUGACAUCAUUGAUCUGUGUACAGUUUGCUGAGCAAUACCUAAUUGAGAAAGAGUAUGUACAAGCUGUUAAAUGGUAUAAAGAUGCACUGUGUUAUACUCAGACAGAUAGUAAAGUACUAUUGCAGUUGGCUCGUCUUUAUUUGACACAAGGAGAUAUCGGGUCAUGUGAACAUCAUUGUGCUCUGCUUCUUCAAGAUGACAAUUGCAAUGAAAUUGCAACAAUGAUGAUGGCAGACCUCAUGUUCAGAAAACAGAAGUAUGAACAAGCUAUAAAUCUUUACCAAAAUGUUCUGGAUAAAGCACCAGAUAACUUCUCAGUCAUGGAAAGGUUAAUAGAUUUGCUAAGAAGAAGUGGUAAGCUUGAUAAAGCUACAUAUUUCUUUGAAAUGGCUAAGAAAAAGUCAACUCGAGUACUCUUGGAGCCCGGUUAUAACUACUGCAAAGGACUUUACUGCUGGCACAUGGGACAGCCCAAUCAGGCACUGAAGUAUUUCAACAAAGCUCGAAAGGAUAGUGACUGGGGCCAGAGAGCCAUCAACAAUAUGAUUCAGAUCUGCCUAAAUCCUGAUAAUGAGAUAAUAGGAGGAGAAGUGUUUGAAAGCCUCAAUGAAGAGGACAGUAACUUAAAAGAGAAGAGAGAAUCUGAGCAACGUGGGAUACGCACAGCUGAGAAACUACUUAAAGAGUUUUAUCCUCACUCACAAGAGGGACAAAAUCAGAUGAAGAUGUUACAGAACUGCUGUCUGAUGGCCACAAAAGACAAAAUUAAUGUGGAGAAAGCCCUCAGUGUAUUUGUAGAAAUGGCCCAAAAUGAGAGGGAAAGCGUUCCAGCUAUUUUGGCAAUGGCCCAAGCCUAUAUGAUUCUGAAACAGACUCCCAAGGCCAGAACCCAGCUAAAACGGUUAGCCAAAGCUAACUGGACUUUAUCUGAUGCUGAAGAGUUAGAAAAAAGUUGGAUGUUAUUGUCUGACAUAUACUGCAAAAGCGGAAAGUAUGAUCUUGCAACUGAACAACUGAAACGCUGCUUACAAUACAAUAAGUCUUGUUCAAAAGCUUAUGAAUAUAUGGGUUUUAUCAUGGAGAAAGAACAGGCCUAUAAGGAUGCUGCAACUAAUUAUGAAUUAGCGUGGAAAUACAGUAAUCAAGCAAAUCCUGCUGUUGGUUUCAAACUUGCUUUCAAUUACCUGAAAGAUAAGAAAUAUGUGGAGGCAAUAGAAGUUUGUCAUGAUGUUUUGAAGAUAUGCCCAAGUUACCCAAAAAUUAGAGAAGAGAUUUUGGAAAAGGCUCAAACAGCUCUCAAACCCUAA